CCCCGCCAAAGAAAGACAAACUGCCCCGCCAUCUUACCGUGCCAAUCCCUUCUCUCUAGUACGACGAACUCACCAACCUGUUCCCCGUAUCCUUCCCAAUCGCCCUCCUAUCAACAAUGGCUGAAUACCCUCUUCUGUGUUUGGGAAAUCCCCUACUUGAUAUACAGGUCAAUGGUGAUCAAGCUCUCCUCGAAAAAUACGGAUUGAAGCCUGACGAUGCUAUCCUGGCCGAGGAAAAACAUCUCCCCAUCUAUGAGGAGAUAACUACCAAAUAUACACCAAAGUACCUUGCUGGUGGUGCUGCUCAGAACUCUGCUCGCGGAGCCCAGUAUAUGCUUCCUCCUAAGUCUGUGGUCUACCUCGGCUGUGCCGGUCAGGAUACCUUUGGCGAGGCCCUUACAAGCGUUUGCCUGAAGGAGGGCGUUCUCACUAAAUAUCGCAUUGAGAAGGAUCAGCCCACCGGCCGUUGCGGCGUUAUUAUCACCGGCCAUCACAGGUCCAUGGUAACUGACCUUGCUGCCGCCAACCACUACAAGUUGGAGCAUCUGGAACUUCUUGAACUUUCUUCAAGGAACAGCUCGACUCCUCCGAGGCGUUGGCUUACUCUGAAUCCCACGGACUUGGGACCAAAGACAUCAUCGAGAUCGCCAAGGGGAACUGAUCCCACCAUUGUGGUCACUGGUGGCCCCAAUCUCACUAUCGAGGUCUACCCAGUUAGGCCUGUUGAGUCCAUGGACAUCGUAGAUACCAAUGGAGCGGGCGACGCUUUUGCUGGUGGUUUCCUUGCGGGGCUCGUCCAGGGUAAGGACUUGAAGACGGCAGUUGACAUGGGUCAGUGGUUGGCAAGCUGGGGGAUCAGGGAGCCUGGCCCGGCAUAUCCUGCUGAGAAGAAAGUUUACGGUGCUUAAUCAGCUUACUAGAUAUAAAUAAGUUUCAACACAUUUAACUAGGGCUUGGCAUGGCAGGUGUUGCUGUGUUUGUUUCAACACAAUGGUUUCUUUUUUAGGGCGCGUCUGGUCACCAUGCAUACUUCAAACCUUGAUAACUCUAUAAAAUUUAUCAAAUUUAUCCAACUUAUAUACCAA